CCAUCCCUGUUUCAUUUUCCCCAAGCUGGAACUCUGCUAACUAGUUUCAGUUUCCACUUUCGGUUUUUAUCUUGGUUUCCAGUUUAAUUUGGUAACAACACGGCCACAGCUUACUCAUUAACUAUUUAUCUUAUAAAGCCCCGAGGUGGAGCUUUAAGUCCAGAGCAUCCUCAAGACCGGCUGGAUCUCAGAGGAAAACACUGCAGAACCACUGUCUAAUUCAUCACAGCCAUGAGUAAGAACACGGAUGAGGUCAAAGCUAAGCUGGACCAGCUGAGAUGUCACUUUACGUGGGAGUUGCUAGUUGAAGACACCGAACUGCCUGAUUUGGAAAACAGGAUCUUGGAUCAGAUUGAUUUCCUAGACACCAAAUACAAUGUGGGGAUCCACAACCUGCUGGCCUAUGUGAAGCACCUGGCGGGCCAGAACCAGGAAGCCCUGGGGAGCCUGCAGGAGGCUGAAGGCUUAAUCCAGCAGGAACGUGGUGCCCAAUCAGAUGUGAGACUUCUGGUCACAUGGGGCAACUACGCCUGGCUGAAUUACCACAUGGGAAGACCCGAAGAAGCCCAGGCUUACCUGGACAAGGUAGAGAACACCUGCAAGGAGUUCGGGGCUCCCUCCCGCUACAGGAUGGAGUGUCCCCAGAUGGACUGUGAGGAGGGAUGGGCCUUGCUGAAAUGUGGAGGAAAGAAUUAUGAACGGGCCAAGGCCUGCUUUGAGAAGGCUCUGGCAGUGGACCCGGAAAACCCUGAAUUUAGCACUGGGUAUGCGAUCACCACCUACCGCCUGGACGUCUUUAACAAAGCAACACAGGUUAGUGAGGCAUUCUGUCUGCAGACCCUGAAAGAGGCCAUCAGGCUAAAUCCAGAAGAUGCAUAUAUUAAGGCUCUCCUUGCCCUGAAGCUUCAGGACAUAGGCCAAGAAGCUGAAGGAGAAAAGCACAUUGAAGAAGCACUGACCAACACGUCCUCGCAGACCUACGUCUUCCGAUACGCGGCCAAGUUUUACCGAAGAAAAGGCUCUCUGGACAAAGCUCUUCAGCUCUUAAAAAUGGCCCUGCAGGCCACCCCCUCCUCUGCCUUCCUGCACCACCAGAUAGGGCUUUGCUACAGGGCACAAAUGAUCAAAAUAAAGAGAGCUGCCAACUGGCAGCCCAGAGGACACGUUAAAGAAAAUUCUGACAAAAUGGUAAGAAUGGCCAUAUCUCAUUUUCAAUUUGCUCUGGAACAAAAGCCCACAUUUGAAGUUGCUUAUAUACACCUUGCAAGUAUGUACAUAGAAGCUGACGACUACGAAAGAGCUGAAGACACAUACCAAAGAGCGUUCUGCUUGAAAUCACUGGACGAAGAAAAACUGCAAAAGAUACAUUUCCACUAUGGUCAAUUUCAGGAAUUUCAAAAGAAAUCUGAGGUCAAUGCAAUUAUCCAUUAUUUGAAAGCAGUAAAAAUAGAGAAGGCAUCAUUGUCAAAGGAUAAAAGUAUGAAUUCUUUGGAGAAAUUGGCUUUAAGGAAACUUCGUAGAAAUGCAUCAGAUGUAGAAAGCUUGAGCAUUCUUGGGUUCAUCUACAAAGUCAAAGGAGAAAUGAAUAAGGCCCUGGAGUACUAUGAGCAGGCCCUGUGGCUGGCUGCUGACUUUGGGAACUCUGAGACACAAUCCCUAGCCGUGGAAAUAUGAACCACGUUCACAUUUUGUUUGAUUUUUAGGUAAAUGUGUUUAAUCAUUUUUUCUGCUUGCUACUUUCAGAAACAUAUUAAGUAAUCCACUAUAGUGAUACAAGUUUUUAACAUUUAUACUCAAACCUGAUAAAAUAUUGUUUGUAUUCAAUAGUGAAUAGUGAAACAGAUAUAUAUACAUUUCUGUAUGUGAGAGUGAGAGGAACCAUUUCUCUGUGUAUGUUAUCUAGUAGAAAAACAGUUUUUUGAGUAGAUUUGUAGCAGAUAAAGCACUGGACUUACAUAAAAUAAAAUGUUUAAUUCAUUCGUUUUAUCAACAAAUAGUUUUCAGUGUUAGACACUGAAUAUGGUGAUGUGGGGGAGGAAAAAAUCUUUUUACUCUACCCAUCUUAGGUUCACUGGCCAGGACCCUGAAUGAGACUGACAAGGACAGAUCAACAAGAGAAAAACAGAGGUUUAUUAACACAUGCAUCUCACAUACACAUGGGAACUCCCAGUGACGAGUAACUCAAAGGGUGGUUAGAACUUGGACUUACAUAACAUCCUAACAAACGAACAUUACAUUUAGAGAAGGGAUAAGAAAAAGGAAAAGAACCUUGAGUUUCUAGUGUGGCAAAUUGUAGGAAGGUAAAUAUAUGGGGGAGAUUAAUGGAAAAUAAGAGCUAGUUAAUAAGGUCUGUCAUGUAGAUUUCUCUGGUAGUGACUCUGGGCUGAUAAGGGCCUAGAGGUGUCUCAGGCAAUCAACUUCUCUCUUGCUGGGUAGAGAGGGUAAGGGGAUACCUUUACAAAUUUAUGUACUGCUUUCAGGCAGAUAGGGGGAUUGCAGAGAGUUUUUCUUACAUCUGCUUCUUAAUUGCCUUCAGCUGAAAAUAAUCCAUAUGCCAGGUGCCUGGGUGGCUCAGUCGGCUACACAUCUGCCUUUGGCUAAGGUCAUGAUCUCAGGGUCCUGGAAUUGGACCCA